UUGCGACAGAAAUGGGGAUGUUGUUUGUGGUGCAAUAGCACCAAGCACAUCACCAGUGCAUGCCUCGACAAGGACAAAGAAAAUGUCAAGCGUCCUGGCUCGGGAAACUGAGCACCGCGGGAAGUGCAGCGACAACACUUCCCAGUCCGCCGGAGUUGGCUACCUUGCUAGCAGCCUCUCUCACAUCCGGGGACACCGCGGCAGUCGCAAGUUYUCGCGUUGAGUACGARAACUAUGYUGUCGAGCUGGUCCCACCGWUGAACCAGCCUSUCCACGUGCAAGAUUCAAGCGUAUGCGCGGCAGUUCCGCCGUCGGACAAUGAACCGGUGGCUUCGCCAGCCAUCUUAUCGGAGGAUCUGUCAACUUGGGCGAGACUUGAGGAUCUCGACCCGUUGACGGUUGAGGACUUCCAAUGGUUGCCUCUGCCCUCCACCGGUUCUUUGCCAACUCCGCAUUGCAAUGCCUUAAUGGCACAUCUACGCGAAUACUUGCACGCUGCAAUACCACCUCCGUCGACGGACGGCGGAGUAGCGGUUGAUGACCUUUGCAAUUUUCUUGCGAAGAUCGACCACGAGUACGCAACGCAACGGUACGUCGACACCGACGCACCGCUCCUCUACAUACGCAUUCAGAUCGGAAAGGCGACCUGCAGUGCCUUGAUCGAUUGUGGAGCGACUCGCAACUACAUCAGCCAAGACUUCAUGGCACGCGCCGGGCUAGGCCCGCGCGUUCGAAGGAAAAGCCAGCCUACGCACGUCACGUUGGCCGAUGGUCACACGYAAAAGUCAAUCGACCGAUGCRUUGACUCGGUGCCCGUGUACUUCGCCCCGCYAGCAAGCGAGGCCGUGUCCUUCGACAUAUUGGACACCAAGUUCGAUAUGAUCCUAGGCAUGUCGUGGCUGCAAAGCGAAGACCAUCCGGUGAACUUCCAUCGCCGCACCGUUCACGUUCGUGAUCGGCAUGGCGAACUAGUCCCGUGUACGAUGCCGCUUCCUCAUCCUUUGAUUGGUUGUCACGUGGUAUCCGCGCCGAGCAUUCGCCAAUCCAUCCGGCGAAACGACAUCGAGGAGAUGGGCAUAUGUUUUCUUCACGCCCUCCCACCCGGUGAUCAGCCCAAGACGGAUACGUCAGACCCACGCAUCAUUGAGCUGUUGGACAGCUAUGGGGAUGUCUUUCAAGCUCCCGCCGGAGUCAUACCGGAUCGGCCCAUACGUCACGGGAUCACUCUCGAGGACGACGUCGUACCUCCGCCCCGAUGUAUCUACCGCAUGAGCGAAGAGGAACUUCAAGUGCUUCGAGCACAACUAGACGACCUCUUGGCCAAGGGCUGGAUUCGCCCUAGCUGCUCGCCAUACGGUGCUCCCGUUCUCUUUGUCUGGAAGAAGAACAAGGACCUUCGGUUGUGCAUCGACUAUCGUAAACUCAACGCACAAACGAUCAAGAACGCCGGCCCUCUCCCUCGGAUCGAUGAUCUUCUCGAGCGACUCGGCGGCGCCAAGUACUUCUCCAGCCUAGACCUCAAGUCCGGUUAUCACCAGAUCGAGAUUCAGCCAAGAGCUCGGUACAAGACCGCAUUCAAGACGCGGUAUAGGCACUUUGAGGGGAUCGUCAUGCCUUUCGGUCUCACCAAUGCCCCGGCUACUUUCCAAGCGACUAUGACGACGGAAUUCCGCGACUUGCUCGACCGCUCCGUUCUCAUUUACCUCGAUGACAUCUUGGUUUAUAGUCGGUCGCUGGACGAGCAUCUCGAGCACCUUCGCGCCGUAUUGGAGCGGCUUCGUAUCGCCAAGUACAAGGCAAACCGCGACAAGUGCGAGUUUGCCCAGCAAGAGCUGGAGUACUUGGGCCAUUACGUCACGCCACAAGGCAUUCGUCCGCUCGCGGACAAGUUACAAGCUAUUCAAGAUUGGUCGGACCUCAAGUGUACUACCGACGUCCGCUCCUUUCUCGGCUUGGCAUCGUGCUACAUGCGCUUCGUCAAAGGAUUUCAACGCAUCGCUGCACCAUUGUCACGACUUCAGUCCCCCUUGGUGCCUUUCGAGUUCAGCGACGAGGCCCGGCAUGCGUUUCACACGCUGAAGACGGCUUUGCUUCAAGCUCCCGUCCUAAGCAUCUAUGAACCGACGUUGCCUACCAAAGUGACUACGGACGCUUCCGGUUACGGCAUUGGCGCGGUUUUGAAACAGCAUGACGGCACAGACUGGCAUCCGGUUGAGUAUUUCAGCCAAAAGGUGUCGCCCAUCAACACUCUUGAUGAUGCGAGGAAGAAGGAACUCCUAGCUUUUGUCUCCGAACUUAAGCGUCUCUCCAUUGCUAUGGAUGUGACCGGUCCUUUCCCUCGCGAUCGCCUUGGUCAUGAUGGUAUUCUCACGGUCGUUGACCGUUUGAGCAAGUACGCUCGAUUUCUUCCAUGCAAGUAUCAUGCGAUGGCUCCCGAGCUCGCACGACUUUUGCAUACCGGCUGGUUUUGCAGCCACGGCGUUCUGGAAGACAUCGUCAGCGACCGCGACACUCGUUUCAUGUCGGCCUUUUGGACGGCACUCAUGGUGGAAUCCGGCACCAGCAUGAAACCGAGCUCCGCACGGCAUCCUCAAACGGAUGGGCAAACGGAACGUGCGCACCAGACUGCGCAGAUGAUGCUCCGCACACUCAUCCGCCCGGAUCAAAAGGACUGGGUUGACCGCCUUCCCGACAUCGAGUUCGCCUCCAACACUUCGGUGCACCCGGCGAUUGGCGUGACUCCAUUCGAGUUGCACCACGGUGGACUGAAAGGACGUAUCUUCGCAGACAUUUUGCUUCCACGGGCUGCCGAUAUAGACGGCGCUUGCUCCCCCGCUUCUACACGGAAGUACGGGGAACUGCUGGCCAAAGCCCGAGCUAACAUGCAAAAGGCUCAGGUCCGUAUGCAGCAGCAAGCGAAUCGGCAUCGCAUCCCAUGUCCAAUUCGCGCCGGUGACCUAGUUCGGGUCACCUCCGAGGAAUUUGCGCUCGAGCAGGACGUCUCGCGCAAGCUCCUCCCGAAGUGGUUUGGACCAUGGAUGGUCACUUCAGCAGCUGGCGACGACCCCGCGGGUCCAUCAUUCAUCAUUGAGAUUCCCCCGCAUUUGACAGUACACCCGGUUUUUCACGCUUCAAAGCUGGCGGUUUACACUUCAGCCUCCGCAGCGGACUUCCCGGGCAGACGGUCACAGGACCCUCCUUCAAUGGAUGGCCAUCAGGAGGUCGACCGGGUUCUCACGCAUCGCAAGCAUGGCAACAAGCCAAUGCAGUACAAAGUUACACUCAAGCAAUGCGAUCCGAAUGACACACGCUGGAUCUCAAGAGCUGAUCUGAAGGCAUCAGCACCCCUCAUCUUCGMGCAUUAUGAAAAACAGCGACUUGCUAAGGAAGCUGCCCAACCUGCCCGCCCUGUAUGGACAUCGGACAGACAGCUUCGCCCUCACAGUUAGCUCGGUCCUCCAAGGGGGGGAGUGUGUGGCAUACUGAGCCACUCGGGCCCCAGUUAGGGCCCGGUUCCAAGACAG